UUCCAUCUAUCUUAGUACAUAGUGCAGAAGAUAUCAAUCAAUAUGGGCGCCAUGAGAACACCUCUAGUAUGCAAGUUCUUGCUGAUCAGCCUCAUCCUUGUUGGAUUGUCAUCAAUCUCCAUUGCCAACGCCUCGAAGGUCUACGUAGUUGGUGGUACUAAGCAAUGGGGUUUUGUUGGUUCAUACAAUAAAUGGUGUACUCGCAGAACAUUCUUUGCAGGAGAUGUAAUUGUUUUUAGGUAUCCUGAGGGGGCACACAACAGCGUUCGCGUAAGUAAAAUUGGAUAUAAAAGUUGCAAGGCUACUGAAAGGGAAUCAGCUAAGGCAAUGUGGACAGGAAAUGAUAAAUAUACAUUGAGGAAAGGAAAUAAUUACUUCAUCUGUGGCAUACCAGGACACUGCUCUUCAGGCAUGAAGGUCAAUGUUUUUGCUAAGUAGAAACAAUAUAGAUGAUGCUGAGUAACGUGUAAGUUAUUUAGCUCAUUCUUAAUGGUUUACUACCAAUGUAUGACCGUUUUUGCUAUACUCGUUGGUGAGUAUGUUUUCAUAUUUAUGUCUUUUGUUUGUAUUUGUGAGCUAUGUACCAGUAUUGUAAUCCGGAUAUGACAUUUCCCUUUUGAGAGGAAUAAACUUUAUAUCAAAUGAUUCAAGAAUGUAUGAAUGAAUUUU